CUGCAGCUGCUUUUUAUAGCAUACUUUCGAGUGGUGCACAAAUGCUGCCUGCACCUCAGUCUUGUUAGUCAGUGAGCAUCACAACAUGGCCAGCGUUGGAGGCUUGGAUUAUGGCGAUAAGUUGCCACCGGUGGGCAGCGUCACCAGCAGCACUGCUUUGGCUAUACGCAACUCGACAAUUAUAGCACAUCGAUUGUCCAUCUACUUGCCCCAGCUGCUGCUGCCCUCCAGAGAUCCCCAGAAGCUCAUCAUGGAAAUCAAUUGCUAUGUGGCACAGUUUCGUGAGCUACUGAUCUACAUCGGCCAGACACGAGAUUCGCCCGAGUUGCGCGAGAAGAUUCGACGUCUGCGUCGCAGCUGCGUGGAUGCCUGCAAGCAUUUGGCACAUCUGAUUACGCCACAGCCGCGCCAUUGUCUGGGCAGUCCCAGUGAGCGCAUGCAUCUCUCGCUGCUGUUUCUGCUCACCCAGCUGUUUCGGCAUGAGCUCAUCAAGAGCUAUCGUCUCAUCCAGCUGGUGCCGUACGACAUGACCGACUAUUAUGCACCUGCUCGCACGGCACCCUCGAAUCUGGGCAAUGUGAUUAGCCAGAUAUUGUUGUGCAAGCAAAUUAAUCCGGACUUUCAGCAAGAGGAACUUUGCAGCAUUAGCAAGGAUGCACAAGAGUUGAGCGAGCUGCUCGACGAGCUGCAAUCGCAUUUGCCCAACCCAACUACAGAGACGGCCGAGGAAACCGUCGAGCACUCCGCUGCGGCUGCUGCUGCUGUCUGCCUGAAUGCACCGCCAGCCUGGUAUACACAACAUCGUCGUCGCAGCUGCCUCAGCCGCAGUCGCAGUCUCUGCUGUUGUUUUAUGCCAUCCCAAGCGAGUUCGUUUUGAAUAAAACAGCAAUCCGAAUGGCAAAUCGUAAAUAACUUCAGCCUUAACUUAUCUGCGACGCGCAUGCAGGAAAUUUCGCAUAAAGUUCGCACUUAUAAUGUCGGGAAUUCUCAGUUGUAAAACGCAAAAAAAAUAAGUAGUGCUAUCAGCAGCGAUGAUCAGCGUAACAUUCCAUAGAUUUAAUUAUAUGUAUUUAUUCUACAAUCUAUUGUUUAUUAUUAUUUAUUGUUGCCAUUCAUGAAAUGCACUUCGAUUAUGUUGUAUUUUUAAAUUUUCCACUAAAUUAGGCAGUCGGGCCACAUUUCAUUUUUUUAUUUACUCACUCUCAAUACAAGUACUUUCAGCUGUCAUUGUUGAAAACCUGUAGCCAGUCAUAAGGAAGUGAAUGUGGCCACACAAAGCAAUAACAAAUGUGUUUGUUGUCUUGUGUGUGUACCGUUAACGUUGAACGGUGUAACGGUUAAUUAAGGGCAGCUCAAAGAUUUAUAUUAAAAUUUCU